CAUUUAAUAGUAUAGUAUUUGGAUAUGAUCUUGAGUGUUUUGAACCCAAUACUUCAUCAAUUUCUGGCAGGGAACACAUAUAUUUCGUCGGUUUUUUCUUUUAGGGUGUUUUUGGAAUUUGAAGAAUCACAUUAGUAUUCCUUCCCUGGCCACACCAGUUUUCUAUAGGAUUCAGAGAUAUAAAUCGACGAAAUAAGUUAUUACGGUAGGAUGAUUCAACUUUUUUUUUUUUUCAUAUAGAUUGUGCAUUUUUACAACGCACCAUUGGACGUAAGCGGCACAAAGAUUCACAAGUCGGUAAUCGACGCUCUCGGUCGCACGGAUGCGGUAGAAUCCAUUACCAUCCUACCCAAAAAGCUGCCCGGAGCAAAAUGUUCGACUGGCUUAAUUGAAUUGAAGAGCGUCGAUUUGGCAGCGAAAGCAAUAAUGCUUUUGAAUCACAUGACGUUCGAGUCAUCAAGAUCGAGGUUUCCAUUUUCGACAAAACUAUGUUUCUCCAAAUGGUCUGAGAUCCGGCAGAAUUCUUCCAGCUCGUCUGGUCGUUUGCAGUUCAGAACUAUGUCCCGCGCGCCAUGGUUUCACCACAGUUGUGAAUAUGUCAUGUCCGCAACUGCAGAGUUUCCGGUGUCCCAGAUGACUCCAGUAUUGACCAAUGGUGAAUCUACUUGGACGCUCUGGCAUAUGACGGACCAGAAGACCAAAGCUGUUGAGCCCCCCACUGCCACCGGUAAUGCGACUGUUGAGCCGAUCGAGUCCGGAUCCGAUAGCCUAUUGAACGUGAUACAGAAUCAGUUGUGCUUCAACAGAGAUGAACAGGGUGACGUUCUACUUGACCCAAACGUAGGGCUCGACGCUGUAGACAUUGUGCAAACGGCACAGGGUGGACCGUUGGGCGAUGCAUAAGCGUAAAUGAAGUUAGAACCGUUGCCUAUUUCGAUUAGUCCCAAUAAUAUAUUAAUAUAAUAAAAUUAUAGCUUUUAAAUAUUGUACCAAUAUCUGUUUCUUUAAUUUCUAUUAAACGCUUGAGUAAUAAUUUACUGUUUCCAUCUUUUAUGUUAGUGAUCAUUAACGGAAUAAU